AAAGCGAAACCGGGCGGCUCGGCGGGUCCGGCGCUGCAGCCGCGGAAGGGCCGGAGCCGAGCCGGAGCCGGAGCUGCAGGCCUUGCCACUACCAUGGCGCUGCCCCUCACCCUGCGUCUGGGCUGCCCCCUGCUGCUCUGCGACCUGACCCUGCUGGCCCUGCUGGGCUGGGGCGUCCCCUCGCUGGCCCCCCUGGGGCUGCUGGCCACCUGGCUGGAAGCUGCUGUGCGUUUCCUGGGGCUCUGGGGGGCCUGGGGGCUGCUGGCCCUGGAUCGGCCCCUCCUGUCCCCCCCCAGGGCCCUGGCUGCCCUGUGCCUGCUGUCCCCCCUGUACCUCACCCUGCGGAGCUGCCUGCCCCUGCCCGAUGUGCCCCCCGCCCUGCUGGCUGGUGCCCCCUGGGCCUGGCUGCUGCUGAGCUAUGGGGCAGUGGGGCUGGCCCAGCUCACCUGGGGGGCCUUGGGGCAGGGGGACAGGGCUGGGGGGCCCGGCGCUGAGGACACGGAGCGGGAGUCCAGGGCCAUCCUGCGCCGGCUGGUGGGGCUGUCCUGGCCCGACAAGUCCUUCCUGUCCGGGGCCUUCGUCUUCCUCACCCUGGCUGUGAUCGGCGAGACCUUCAUCCCCUACUACACAGGGCGCGUCAUCGACAUCCUGGGCAGCGCCUACGACCCUGACGCCUUCGCCAUCGCCAUUGGCCUCAUGUGCCUGGCCUCCUUUGGCAGCUCCCUGGCCGCCGGCUGCCGCGGGGGGCUCUUCAUGUUCACGCUCUCCCGGCUCAACAUCCGCAUCCGCGAGCUCCUCUUCUCCUCCCUGGUGCGCCAGGACCUGGCCUUCUUCCAGCAGGUCAAAACAGGGGACCUGACCUCGCGCCUCUCCAAGGACACCACCAUGAUGAGCCGCUCGGUGCCAGCCAACGCCAACAUCUUCCUGCGCAGCCUGGUGAAGGCGCUGGGGCUGUACGGCUUCAUGCUGGGGCUGUCCUGGCGCCUGACACUGCUCACGCUCAUUGAGAUGCCCCUCACCAUGGCUGCUGAGAAGGUCUAUGAUGCCCGCCACCAGGCCGUGCUGAAGGCGAUCCAGGACUCCAUGGCGCGCUCCGCCGAGGUCGUGCGCGAGUCGGUCUCCUCCAUCGAGACCGUGCGCAGCUUCGCUACCGAGGAGGAGGAAUCGCGGCGCUACGAGGCGGCCCUGGCCGAGACCCACCGGCUGAAGAACCGCUGCGACCUGGAGAGGGCGCUCUACCUGCUCUUCCGCCGGCUGCUGCAGCUGGCCGUGCAGGUGCUGAUGCUGUACUGCGGGCACCAGCAGAUCCACGCCGGGCUCCUGAGCAAGGGCAGCCUGGUCUCCUUCAUCCUCUACCAGGGGGACGUGGGCAGCUACGUGCAGACGCUGGUGUAUAUGUAUGGGGACCUGCUGAGCAACGUGGGGGCAGCGGAGAAGGUGUUCGAGUAUCUGGACCGGGAGCCGGCCGUGCGCACCGACGGGACACGGGCGCCGGAGUCGCUGCAGGGACACGUCUCCUUCUGCAACGUCUCCUUCUCCUACCCCUCCCGCCCGGACCGCCAGGCCCUAAAGGCUGUGUCCUUCGAGCUGUGCCCCGGGGAGGUGACGGCGCUGGUGGGGCUGAACGGCAGCGGGAAGACCACGUGUGUGGGGCUGCUGGAGCGGUUCUAUGAACCCCAGGCCGGGGAGAUCCUGCUGGACGGGGCCCCCAUCCGGGAGUACGAGCACCGGUACCUGCACCGCCAGGUGGCCCUGGUGGGGCAGGAGCCUGUCCUCUUCUCUGGCUCCAUCCGGGAGAACAUCGCUUACGGGCUGGGGGGCUGCAGGGAGGAGCAGGUCACCAGGGCGGCCAGAGAGGCCCAUGCCUCUGGGUUCAUCACGGAGCUGGACAGCGGCUUUGAGACAGAGGUAGGGGAGAAGGGUGGGCAGCUCUCGGCGGGGCAGAAGCAGCGGAUCGCCAUCGCCCGGGCACUGAUCCGCCAGCCAGCUGUGCUGAUCCUGGAUGAAGCCACCAGCGCGCUGGAUGCGGAGAGUGAAUGCGCGAUCCGCCAGUCGGUGCUGAGCCAGGGGCCCCGGACGGUGCUGGUGAUCGCCCACCGCAUGCAGACAGUGGAGAACGCCGACCGGAUCGUGGUGCUGGAGGGCGGGACCGUGGCCGAGGAGGGGACGCACGCUGAGCUGAUGGGGCGCAAGGGCCCCUACUACAGACUGGUGCAGAGAGACCUGGCCGAGUAGCCCCCGCCCUGGGGAAUAGCCCAGCACCAGCCUGACGACCCGUCCCCUCCUCCCCCCGGCACAGGGUGACAUGGAACAUACUGACAGCGUCUGAUUAUCGUAUGAUGUCGGGUCACUGGUUUAUCGCCUGCGUUAGGGUGUCGGUUCUGUGUGGGGAGUCCCGGGGGGAGGAGGGGGCAGGUGUGUUCGACUGCCUGAGCGCGAGAAGUGUUUUGCAAAAUACAUUGAUGAGGUGAAACAUCUGAUCAGC